UGUUAAAAAUUGUACAAAGGGUUUUACAUACACCUUGCAAUCCUGCCGGAAAACCCAACGACGUCGUCGGCUGUAUUCUAUCCCCAAAACACAAUUCCAGAUAUCCGUCUCUCCCUAUCUCUUCAGCAUGGCAACAGCGGCAGUAGCCGAGGCCCGGAAGGUACCGCGGCCUGGCCGGGGCGGAGUAAUCCCUCACGGACUAUCCGAAGAGGAGGCCCGUGUCCGGGCUAUUGCUGAAAUUGUAAACAACAUGGUAGACCUCUCUCGCAAAGGCCAAGAUGUGGACCUUAACGCCCUCAAGUCCGCUGUGUGUCGGAAGUACGGACUCUCGAAGGCCCCGAAGUUAGUAGAGAUGAUUGCAGCCCUGCCCGAUUCCGAGAGGGAAGCCCUCUUGCCCAAGCUCAGGGCCAAGCCUGUUCGCACUGCAUCCGGGAUUGCUGUUGUGGCCGUUAUGUCAAAGCCUCACAGAUGCCCGCAUAUUGCCACGACCGGAAAUAUUUGCGUGUACUGCCCGGGUGGGCCAGAUUCGGAUUUUGAGUACAGCACGCAGUCUUACACUGGAUAUGAGCCCACCAGCAUGAGAGCUAUUCGAGCAAGAUAUAACCCCUAUGUCCAGGCGAGAAGCAGAAUUGAUCAGCUUAAAAGGUUGGGUCACAGUGUUGAUAAGGUUGAAUUCAUUUUGAUGGGUGGUACCUUUAUGUCACUACCAUCAGAAUAUCGUGAUUAUUUUAUAAGGAAUCUUCAUGAUGCGUUGUCAGGGCAUACUUCUGCCAAUGUUGAAGACGCAGUGACCUAUUCUGAGCAUAGUGCAGUAAAAUGUAUUGGAAUGACCAUUGAAACAAGGCCAGACUAUUGUCUUGGGCCACAUUUGAGGCAGAUGCUUUCCUAUGGUUGUACACGACUGGAGAUCGGAGUGCAAAGCACAUAUGAGGAUGUCGCUCGUGACACCAAUAGGGGCCACACAGUAGCAGCUGUGGCUGAUUGCUUUUGCUUGGCAAAGGAUGCUGGUUUCAAGGUAGUUGCUCAUAUGAUGCCUGAUCUUCCAAAUGUUGGGGUUGAGAGAGACUUGGAAAGUUUCAAGGAGUUCUUUGAGAGCCCUUCAUUUAGGGCAGAUGGGCUUAAAAUCUAUCCCACACUCGUGAUUCGUGGAACUGGUCUUUAUGAACUUUGGAAAACUGGCAGGUAUAGAAACUAUCCACCGGAACAGCUUGUGGACAUUGUAGCUCGAAUACUGGCAAUGGUUCCCCCAUGGACUCGCGUAUAUAGAGUUCAGCGAGAUAUUCCUAUGCCUCUAGUUACUUCUGGUGUUGAGAAGGGAAAUCUUCGAGAGCUAGCUUUAGCUCGGAUGAGUGAUUUGGGCUUGAAAUGCCGUGAUGUUCGAACACGUGAAGCUGGGAUCCAAGACAUUCACAACAAUAUAAAGCCAGAAGAAAUUCAGCUUGUUCGUCGUGAUUAUACUGCAAAUGAGGGAUGGGAGACUUUUCUUUCAUAUGAAGAUACACGUCAGGAUAUUCUUGUUGGGUUAUUGCGCUUGCGGAAAUGUGGACGUAAUGUAACUUGCCCUGAGCUCAUAGGGAAGUGUUCUAUUGUUCGCGAAUUACAUGUUUAUGGGACAGCAGUUCCCGUCCAUGGACGAGAUGCUGAUAAACUGCAACACCAGGGUUACGGUACCCUACUGAUGGAGGAGGCAGAGAGAAUUGCCCAUAGAGAGCACAGAUCAACAAAGGUAGCUGUGAUUUCUGGUGUGGGAACAAGGCAUUACUAUAGGAAGUUGGGCUAUGAGCUUGAAGGUCCUUACAUGGUAAAAUACUUGACGUAAGAAGACUAUAAGACGUUUUAUAUGCAACUCAAUGCAGAUCAUUUUAUCGAGUUUUGGAGUUAGUUUUCCAGUCUUGUUGUAUUAGAGAGCGUAUAUACUUGCCUGCCUUAUCCAUCUUUUUUUUUUUUUCAAAUACUUGGAUAGAUUUGGAUACUAAGUAUCGGCAAAAUUAGGUUUCGUAGUUUACAGUAAUUUAUGUACUAUCUAUAUAUGGUCAGAUUCUGAACAUGUUGCAAUUAAUGUUUUUUUUCUUAUA